AUGGACGAAGAUUACGAGGAUGAAGAGCUUGACGACAAUGGUGUUACCAUCAAUGAAGACGGAAACAUUGAAAUUGAUAUGAGCAACAACUCCCAGAGCUACUUUGAAGACCAUUCCGAUUCGAUCUUUACAGUUGCAACCCACCCUACGUUACCUAUUGCGGUAACAGGUGGUGGCGAUAAUGCUGCUUACCUCUGGACGACGCAUAGUUCUCCUGCUAAGACUAUCACCAAGCUAGCCGGGUACGGUGAGAGUGUGGUAGCGGCUGAGUUCACAUCCGACGGAUCGUAUUUGGUCACGGGAGACAUGAGUGGUAAGGUGAUCGUUUACAAAUCUGCCAAGCGGGGACAGUUAUGGAAGCCAUAUUCCAGAACCUUGGAAGACGUUGAAGAGGUCAUGUGGAUAGCUACUCAUCCAAAACAAAACGUUUUUGCAUUCGGUGGUAUUGACGGAUCUGUAUCCGUUUACUCCAUCGAACCUACACUAGACUUGAUCUUUUCCGGCUACUCGCAUUCCACGGAGUGCACGAACGGUGUGUUUGUUCAAGUCGACAACAUGGAUGAGUUGAAGCUUGUGAGUGUGAGUGAGGACGGUAGUAUAAUUGGAUGGAACUGCUACACGCAGCAGAGCGAGUUCAAGAUCGACAGCACCGACAUGAAGGGUUUGACCCCACCAUGGGUGACGAUAGCUGCAAACCCUGCCAGCAAGAUUGUUGCUGUUGGGUCGAGAGACUCGCAGGUUGUCAUAGUGAAUACGGAGAACGGAUCGUUGCUCAACAUGUUUACAGCGUUAGAGUUGAAGGAGGGGGAAGACAUCUACGACUGCUGCAUCGAGGCAAUUGCGUGGUGCGAGGUGUUGAACCUGAUGGUGGUUGGCUUUGUGUCGGGCGACGUGAUGGUCUUCGACUCGAACACAUGGAAGGUGAGAAAGACGUUGAAAUGUGGCGACGCGGUGACGAAGGUGGAGUUCUUGAAGAACAGCCCUCUCUUCCUGGUCUCGUCCAUGGACGGCAAGGUGUACAAGUGGGACGCCAGGACGGGUGAGCUCCUUCACGAGUGUGUCGGACACCACAUGGGUGUUCUGGACUUCAGUGUCGACUGCUCCGGCGAGAGGCUGGUCACUGCGGGCGACGACGGUGUGUCCUUGGUGUUCAAGUUCUAG